AUGGCUCUGCGCGAAACAUGGGGACGGAUACGGAGUAGUCGCAGUUGGCGGUCUUACGGCGAAUUCGGGUACUACAUGUUCUUUUUCGCAUCAUGGAUUCCUGUUGUAGUCAUGUUUAACAAUUUCGUGGGCGGAACGGUCCGGAUCAAUGGCCCCUCCAUGUACCCAUUCCUGAACUCGGACAAAGACUCAAGUCUGCGGAAGGACAUACUAUGGAAUUACAAGUUCAAACCACAAGAAGGUCUGGCCCGCGGAAUGAUCAUCACGUUUUGGAGUCCCAAUCACCCAGAGAAAGCUGCGGUCAAGAGAAUCAUUGGGCUCGAGGGAGAUAUUGUUCGAACUCGCGAGCCAUACCCGGCCCGCACAGUACAGGUGCCUGUCGGUCAUGUCUGGGUUGAGGGCGACGGGGCCGCGAGGGACAGUGUGGACAGCAACACAGACAAGACGCACGGGCCAUCAUCAACGUCAGGGCGCGUCGACUAUGUACCUAGGCUAGCAUCGCGCCUCCUGUCGGAUUUCAGUUCGGAGAAGCACUCCUUUAGAGAGAUAGACAUGACGCCAGACGACGAGCUGGAGGCACGCCCUCCCAUACUGCACUCCAUGCUCGCUGGAGGCUUGGGAGGCACAACCGGCGACAUGCUCAUGCACUCGCUAGAUACCGUAAAAACUCGACAGCAAGGCGACCCGCACUUCCCGCCGAGAUAUUCGUCCUUGGGCUCCUCGUACUACACAAUCUGGCGUCAAGAAGGCAUACGGCGCGGUCUUUAUGGGGGGUGGCUACCCGCCAUGUUGGGCUCUUUCCCCGGCACCGUCCUCUUCUUCGGCACAUACGAGAUGAGUAAGAGACUGUUCAUCGACAACGGCGUCAAUCCGCAUCUAGCAUAUUUGAGUGCGGGGUUUUUGGGCGACCUGGCUGCCUCCGUGGUUUAUGUGCCAUCGGAAGUGCUCAAAACCCGACUACAGCUUCAAGGGCGAUACAACAAUCCUUAUUUCCAGUCGGGCUACAACUAUCGAGGCGCAUUCGAUGCAGCGAGGACGAUAGUGCAUGUUGAAGGCCCCAUGGCUCUGUUUCACGGGUACAAAGCGACUUUAUACCGAGAUCUGCCCUUCUCCGCCUUACAAUUCAUGUUCUACGAGCAGUUUCAAAGCUGGGCGAAGCAGUACAAACAAAGCCGGGAGAUCGGCAUUGGGCUUGAGCUGCUCACCGGUGCUGCUGGAGGUGGCCUAGCUGGCGCUAUCACAUGUCCCCUGGACGUUGUAAAGACCCGUCUACAAACGCAAAUAGAAACACCGCCAACCGCCGUCAAGACCAAAGAGCGAAGCGCUGUUGAUGCCAAAGCAGGUGUCAAGGGUACGUUGACAAAGAAGCCCGGCGCACAAAGGCCCAUAUCCACUUCGUCUCCAUCAACACAUAUGCCCAGACCUGGUGCGAUAGUACUCGAUACUUCUUCCGUCUACCAAGGGCUGCGCUUGAUAUACAAGACAGAAGGUAUCGGAGGCUGGUUCAGAGGUGUCGGUCCACGCUUCGUGUGGACCAGUGUACAAAGCGGGUGCAUGCUGUUCUUAUAUCAAACCAUUUUACGAAAACUGGAGGUCUGGAUGCCUCUCGAGACCGAAACACAUUUGUGA